CUCCAUUUAACUAAUUAAACCAUUCGGUUUCUUAAUCCUUGGUCAAAAUCUUUCACUUCAUCAUACAAACAUUUCUCUGCGUUUCUUCAUCUUCCCUUUGUUACAAUCGCUUCACCCCCAAAUUCUUAAGAUUCUAUCUGUUGAAAUUGAAGUAAAUUUUGCUGAAAAAGACACUUCUGGAAUGCCUAAAAGAUGCAAGUUUUUGAUUCCAACUAUAAGGUGUUAUUGUUGUUCUCACUGUAUCAUUUGAUGAUUGAAAAGAGUGAAUCACAAAUUUACAUUAGCUAUUCCUUGAUGCACAAUUGGCACACAAGUUUUUUCAUAAUGCCUGUUCUGCUGAUUCGUGAUCGAUGCGAAGAUGGUUGAAAUCGAGACUCGAUACAUGCUUUUCUUAUAUAUAUGUAGAUAGAUAUAUACAGUGUAGUAAAUGGUACAGAGUUUUAAGUGGGAUUAGAAGUUAGUGUAAAGUAUUAUACUGGUUUAUGGUUUAGUAAUGGAGAGUAGUGAUAUGGAACCGAAUGUGUUAAUGGAACGGUACGAGUUGGGGAGAUUGCUUGGUCAAGGGACGUUUGGGAAGGUUUACUAUGCACGGAGUAAGGUGACUAACCAGAGUGUUGCGAUUAAAGCGAUAGAGAAAAAUAAGGUUAUGAGAACGGGUCUAGUUGAUCGAAUCAAGCGUGAGAUAUCGGUUAUGAAAUUGGCUAGGCAUCCUAAUAUUAUACAGCUUUUUGAGGUUAUGGCGACGAAGACUAAGAUUUACUUUGUUAUCGAGUAUGCUAAAGGCGGUGAACUUUUCAACAAGGUUUCGAAAGGUAAACUCAAAGAAGAAGUUGCGCAUAGAUAUUUUAAGCAGUUGAUCAAUGCGGUUGAUUUUUGUCACAGUAGAGGUGUGUAUCAUCGAGAUAUUAAGCCUGAAAAUAUUCUGUUGGACGAAAAUGGGAAUCUAAAGGUUUCUGAUUUUGGGUUAAGUGCUCUUGUGGAGUCAAAUCAAGAGGAUAGUAUGCUCCGUACGCCUUGUGGCACUCCGGCCUAUGUUGCUCCUGAAGUUAUCAAAAGAAAAGGGUAUGACGGCGCGAAAGCCGAUAUUUGGUCAUGUGGAAUAGUUCUGUUUGUUUUAUUGGCAGGUUAUCUCCCUUUUCAUGACUCGAAUUUGAUUGAGAUGUAUAGGAAGAUAAGCAAAGCAGAAAUAAAAUAUCCUAGUUGGUUUCGGCCUGAAGUUUGCAAGCUAUUAGGCGAUAUAUUGAAUCCGAAACCUGAUACUAGGAUUUCCAUAGCUGAGAUUAAGGAACAUUCUUGGUUUAAAAAUGAACCAAAUCCUAGGAAUAAAAAACCACAAGUGGAAAACAGCACUCUUUCUGCUUCUUCUUCCAGUACAGUUGUGACUGAUGAAAACGACAGUCCAGAAGCGGAAGAAGCAAAGGAAGAGCCGUUUGUGCCGACCAGUAUAAAUGCCUUUGAUAUUAUUUCCCUUUCGGUUGGUUUUGAUCUUUCUAGAUUCUUUAAAGACGAUGUUCAGAAAAAAGAAGCAAGAUUUAGUUCGAAACUACCUGCAUCAGUCAUCAUCUCGAAGAUGGGAGACAUUGCUAAGCAACUAGGGAUGAAAAUUCAGAAAAAAGCCGCUGGUUUGUUGAAAUUGGAAGGAUUGAGUGAAGGUAGAAAAGGGGUUUUAUCGAUUGACGCAGAGAUCUUUGAGGUUACUCCUAAUUUCCAUUUAGUCGAGGUGAAAAAAUCGAAUGGAGAUACAUUGGAAUAUCAGAAAAUUCUGAAAGAGGAUAUUAGGCCUGCUCUUCAGGAUAUUGUUUGGGUGUGGCAAAGUGACCAACCACUGCAAUCUCAACAAUCAGAUCGACAGCUACAGAUACAUGACCAGCAGCAAUGACAGCCGCAGUCAUAAUACAUUCUCAGUGAUCAGGAUCAACGCCGCUCCAAAUUUAGCGCUCAGAGAGUGCUGAAAUAGGUAUUUACAGGUUUGGUUGUAAAAGUUGAACUCGUCCUUGCAGGAUAUGAGUGGACUACUUACCAACCGAAGUGCGAGUAUAUUUCAUGACAACGCCCUUUUCCUUUUUCGAAGAAAAAAAAUCUCAAUUGAGGACAUAUAUGAUAUAGCAUUUCAUGAUGCCAUGUUUUUUUUCAAUCAUGUUAAGAUUUAACUGUCUCCUUCUGUUGACCUUAAUUUAGUAGAGAUUCUGUUUGCAAAGUACAUUUCUCAA